UGGAGCGGGCUGCUGCGGCGGGGGCGUCUUCGCCGUUGGACCAUGUGGGGCGGCGACCGCCUGGCGGGUGCAGACGGGGGUGAGGUGGCGGCGACUGUCGUCUUCACCAACGCUCGCGACUGCUUCCUCCACUUGCCGCGGCGCCUCGUGGCCCAGCUGCACCUGCUGCAGAAUCAAGCUAUAGAAGUAGCCUGGGGUCACCAACCUGCAUUCCUGAGCUGGGUGGAAGGCAGGCAUUUUAGUGAUGAAGGCGAAAAUGUGGCUGAAAUUAAUAGACACGUUGGUCAGAAACUUGGACUCUCAAAUGGGGACCAGGUGUUUCUUAAGCUGUGCUCCCAUGUGGUAUCCUGUCAACAGGUUGAGGUGGAACCCCUCUCAGCAGAUGACUGGGAGAUACUGGAGCUGCAUGCCGCUUCCCUUGAACAGCAUCUUCUGGAUCAAAUUCGAAUAGUUUUUCCAAAAGCCAUUUUUCCUGUUUGGGUUGAUCAACAAACUUACAUAUUUAUCCAAAUUGUUGCACUAAUGCCAACUGCUGCCUAUGGAAGGCUGGAAACUGACACUAAACUCCUUAUUCUGCCAAAGACCCGCCAAGCCAAGGAGAAUACAUUUUCCAAAGCAGAUGAUGCACAUGGGAAAUUUAAUAAUUUUGGAGAAGACCAAAAAGGAUUGACAGUUACUGGGUCUAAUAAGACAGAUUCAGAGGUUACAGCUGACUCACCAUCCAUGCCAAGCUUAUGGACUCUGAUAGGAAGCAUUUUUUCUUUUGGGUCUGAGAAGAAACUGGAGCUAUCCUGGGGUUUAACUGAAAUGAAUGCAUUCAAAAACAUGCAGUCCAAAGUUGUUCCUAUAGACAAUAUUUUCAGAGUGUGCAAAUCGCAGCCUCCCAGUGUGCAUAAUGUAACGGCAACUUCAGAGUUUCACAAACACUAUGCUGUUCACAUAUUUCCAUGGGACCAGGAAUAUUUUGAUGUGGUGCCCAGCUUUACUGUGACCUAUGGAAAGCUAAUUAAGCUACUUUCUCCAAAGCAACAGCAAAGUAAAACAAAGCAAAAUGUCCUGUCACCUGAAAAAGAGAAGCCAAUGCCAGAACCACUAGAUCAAGAACCAGGCACCUCAGACUACAGUCAAGAAGCUAAGGCCUGUGUGCUACAAGUCAUCUGGAAUGGACUUGAGGAAUUGAAGAAUGCCAUAAAAUACACCAAAACUGUAGAAGCUCUUCAUCUUGGGAAAGUCUGGAUUCCAGAUGACCUGAGAAAGAGACUAAAUAUAGAAAUGCAUGCAGUAGUCAGAAUAACUCCAGUGGAAAUUACUCCUAAAAUUCCAAGAUCUCUAAAGUUACAACCUAGAGAAAACUUACCUAAAGAUGUAAGUGAAGAAGAAGUAAAAACUGUGUUCUCUUCAUGGCUACAGCAGUGUACUACUACCACACUUCCUUUGAUAAUAUCAGAGGAAGAACAUAUUAAGCUGAGAAUGAAAGAUGGGUUAAAGGAGUUUUCUCUAAAUGUAGUUCAUUCUUGGGAAAAAGACAAAGAAAACAUUUUUUUGUUGAGUACCAAUCUGCUGCGGAAGACCACAAUACAAGUCCUUCUAGAUCCUAUGGUAAAAGAAGAAAACAGUGAGGAAAUUGACUUUAUUCUUCCUUUUUUAAAGCUGAACUGCUUGGGAGGAGUGAAUUCCUUAGGUGUAUCUUCCCUGGAACACAUCACCCAUAGCCUCCUAGGACGCCCUUUGUCUCGACAGCUGAUGUCCCUAGUGGCGGGACUUAGAAAUGGAGCCCUUUUAUUCACAGGAGGAAAGGGCAGUGGAAAAUCAACUUUAGCCAAGGCAAUCUGUAAAGAAGCAUCUGACACAUUGGAUGCCCAUGUGGAGGUGGUUGGCUGUAAAGCUUUACGAGGAAAAAGGCUUGAAAACAUACAGAAAACUGUGGAGCUGGCUUUCUCCGAGGCGACAUGGAGGCAGCCUUCUGUGAUUCUGCUGGAUGACCUCGACCUUAUUGUGGGUGUGCCUGCUGCUCCAGAGCAUGAGCAUGGCCCUGAGGCUGUGCAAAGCCAGCGGCUUGCACAUGCUUUGAGUGAUAUGAUGAAAGAGUUUAUUUCCAUGGGAAGUUUGGUUGCAGUGAUUGCCACAAGCCAGUCUCAACAUUCUCUGCAUCCUUGGCUUGUCUCUGCUCAAGGAAUUCACAUAUUUCAGUGUGUCCAACAUAUUCAACCGCCUAAUCAGGAGCAAAGAUGUGAAAUUCUGCAUAAUGUAAUAAAAAAUAAACUGGACUAUGAUAUAAAUAGGUUCACCAACCUUGACCUCAAAUGUAUAGCUAAAGAAACUGAAGGGUUUGUGGCUAGAGAUUUUACAGUGCUCGUGGAUCGAGCCAUUCAUUCUCAUCUCUCUCAUCAGAGGAUAACCACCAGGGAAGAAUUAGUUUUAACAACGUUGGACUUCCAAAAGGCUCUCCAAGGAUUUAUUCCUGCCUCUCUGCGAAAUGUCAACUUGCAUAAACCAAGGGACCUGGGCUGGGAUAAGAUUGGUGGAUUACAUGAAGUUCGGCAGAUACUCUGGGAUACUAUCCAGUUACCAGCCAAGUACCCAGAACUGUUUGCAAACUUGCCCAUACGACAGAGAACGGGGGUACUGUUGUAUGGUCCUCCUGGAACAGGGAAGACCUUACUAGCUGGAGUAAUUGCCCGAGAGAGUGGAAUGAAUUUCAUUAGUGUCAAGGGGCCAGAGUUACUCAGCAAAUACAUUGGAGCAAGUGAACAAGCGGUUCGGGAUAUUUUUAUUAGAGCGCAGGCGGCCAAGCCCUGCAUUCUUUUCUUUGAUGAAUUUGAAUCUAUUGCUCCUCGAAGAGGCCACGAUAAUACAGGAGUUACAGAUCGCGUGGUUAACCAGUUGCUGACUCAGUUGGAUGGGGUGGAAGGCUUACAGGGUGUUUAUGUGUUGGCUGCUACUAGUCGCCCUGACUUGAUCGACCCCGCCCUGCUUAGGCCUGGCCGACUCGAUAAAUGUGUAUACUGUCCUCCUCCUGAUCAGGUGUCCCGUCUUGAAAUUUUAAACGUUCUCAGUGACUCUCUACCUCUGGCAGAUGAUGUGGACCUCCAGCAUGUGGCGUCAGUAACCGACUGCUUCACAGGAGCUGAUCUGAAAGCUUUACUUUACAACGCCCAGUUAGAGGCCUUACAUGGGCGGCUGCUGUCCUGUGGGCUGCAAGAUGGAAGUUCUAGCUCUGAUAGUGACCUGAGUCUGUCUUCAAUGGUUUUCCUUAACCACAGCAGUGGCUCUGACGAUUCAGCGGGAGAUGGGGAAUGUGGCUUGGAGCAGUCCCUUGUUUCUCUAGAGAUGUCCGAGAUGCUUCCAGAUGAAUCGAAAUUCAAUAUGUACCGGCUCUACUUUGGAAGCUCUUAUGAAUCAGAACUUGGAAACGGAACCUCUUCUGACUUGAGCCCACAGUGCCUGUCUGCACCAAGCUCCACAGCGCAGGACUUUUCCGGAGUUGCUGGGAAAGAGCAGUCAUCUUCCCGGCCUCCAGUGUUGAGAACAGCUUCCCAGGAGGGUUACCAAGAACUUACCCAGGAACAGAGAGAGCAGCUGCGGGCCGACAUCAGUGUCAUCAAAGGCCGAUACCGGAGCCAGAGCGGAGAGGAGGACUCCCUUCACCAGCCAGGCCCAGUCAGAGCCAGUCUGGCUAUUAGCCAGUCUCAUUUAAUGGCUGCUCUGAGUCACACAAGGCCAUCCAUUAGCGAAGAUGACUGGAAGAAUUUUGCUGAACUGUAUGAAAACUUUCAAAAUCCAAAGAAGAGAAAAAAUCAAAGUGGAACAAUGUUUCGACCUGGACAGAAAGUAACUCUAGCAUAAAAUAGGCUUGUGAUUUUAUUUUUUUCUGGCUUGUUCCCAUAAUAUAACAAUAAAAAUGGUGUCUACAAAUUUAUAGAUUAACUUAAUUUGUUAAAAAGAAAAUCACAGAUUGGUAAACCUCUGGUUAUGUAAUCAGGAUUACUUGAAAUUCAUAUGGUAGAAUUGGGAUAUUUAUAACAGAUUCUGUAUCUUAUUUCCUAUAAAUCUAAAUUAAAUCCUUAGUGAAAUAA